AUGGCUCCUCGUACCCAUGGCAAGCGCAAGAUUGAUGCUAUAGACCUGACUGGAGAUGACGACGUGGGAUCCGCAUCCUGGGCCCACCGAGCUCCUCCCGGGGAUGUGACGCAAUCUCAGCGCAACUCUUGGAUGGAACAAGGCGAUGAAGCGGAUGCAGAAGACAUUGUUAUCUCUUCUCAGGAUGGCGAAGACUCUGUCUACCAAAGCUACCAACUUUACGGCAAUCUGGAUACUAAGAUUGUGGGCGUCCAAUACUACACCGGCCAUGCGACACCUGGAGAACACGUUAUUGUUCGUAGGGAGCCCAACAACCCAUACGAUUCAAAUGCCCUUCGCGUCGAGAACGUGCAGCGCGCCCAAAUCGGUCACAUACCAAGAACGAUGGCAAGCAAGUUGGCGAAGUAUAUGGAUUCCGGAGCUCUCUUGGUGGAAGGGUCUCUUUCAGGUCAUGUGGGCUCUUACGACUGUCCCAUUGCUCUAAAGCUGUUCGGAACCAGCGAGCCUGUCGAGCGAGCCAAUCUACGAAGCCAGAUGAAAGCGGACAGCCUGCCUUCGGCAGUGAUCGACCAGAAAGAGAAAGAGGCGAAGAAACGCAAGGCUGAGGAAUUGAAAAAGAUCGCAGCCGCAAAGAAAGGCAAAGGUGGAAAGACAGGUGGAGGUGGUCAACAAUGGGGACAUUCGAGCCAGACUGACUACGCUGGCACUUUAUCUCAGGGCGAUGGAAAUUCCAGUCAGAGCUUUGAGGAUCUCAUCGAUGGCAGUGAGCGGUUCAACCCGAGGGAAGUGGGCAGUGUGGUCGAGAAGUUCGGGGCCGGCGAAGAUGCAUUGGCCGCAAUGCCAAUGGCAGAAUGCCCAAAGAAACUUACAACUCAAUUGCUGCCAUACCAGCGUCAAGCACUUGCAUGGCUAUUGGAGAAAGAGAAUCCUCAACUUCCCUCAGCUGGUUCUGACGACGCAGUACAGCUGUGGAAAUGCUCUCGGAAUGGCCAGAUCUAUACCAACGUUGCUACCAGCUUUUCACUUAAAAACCAGAAGCCCACUCUCGCAAGCGGCGGCAUACUGAGCGAUGACAUGGGCAUGGGCAAGACUAUAGAGAUGAUCUCACUGAUCGCGAGUGACAAUGCGGACUCAACUGUCUCCAGCAAAUCGAAGACAACGCUGAUCAUCGCACCUGUCGGAGUAAUGAGCAACUGGAGCGGGCAGAUUGCUCACCACAUCAAGCCAGAUCAUGCUCUUCGUGUGUUGGUCUAUCAUGGUCACAACAAGAAGCCCAUGAAGGCGGAAGACUUCGGGGAGUAUGAUGUGGUGAUCACGUCUUACGGAACGCUGGCCACUGAAUACUUCCCUCGCGGGAAAAAGGAUCCUCCAUCUGUACCGCGUCAGCAAGGUCUCUUUUCUACGGAAUGGCGUCGGGUCAUUCUAGACGAGGGCCAUAUCAUCAGGAAUCCGCAGACCAAAUCGGCUCUGGCAGCUUUAAAUCUCAUGGCGCAGUCUCGUUGGGUCUUGACUGGAACGCCCAUCAUCAACAACUUGAAGGACCUGUUCUCUCUAGUCCGCUUCAUUGGCCUGACCGGAGGAUUGGAGCGUCUGGAGAUCUUCAACAGUGUGUUGAUCCGACCACUCAAUCAAGGCGACAUCAACGCAAGCCUGCUACUACAAGCCCUGAUGGCCACCAUCUGCCUUCGCCGCAAGAAGGAAAUGAAGUUUGUUGACCUGAAACUUCCCGAGCUAUCGGAGUAUGUCCACCGUAUUGACUUCUUGGAUCACGAGAAAGAGAAGUAUGAGGCUUUGCAAGCGGAAGCAAAGGGUCUUCUACACACGGUCCAGCGGAACCAGACCAACAGCAACGGGAAAGGUCAGGACACCUACCGUCAUCUUCUGGAAAUGCUGCUCCGCCUCAGACAAGUGUGCAACCACUGGAAGUUGUGCGGCGAACGGGUGAAUUCCGUUCUUUCGGUCUUGGAGUCUCAAAAGGUCGUGGAUCUCACGCCUGAGAACCGGAAGGCUUUGCAAGAUAUGUUGCAAGUUAGCAUCGAAUCACGGGAAGAUUGCCCAAUCUGUCUCGAGAACCUGCACAACCCUGUGAUCACGGCCUGCGCUCACGUGUUCGGCGCUGAUUGUAUUGAGCGGGUCAUUGAGACGCAGCAUAGAUGCCCAAUGUGCCGAGCUGAGCCUCUGGAGCUUGAAUCCCUCGUUCGUCCAGCGGUUGACCUCGGUGAAACCUCUGAUCAGCCUGACAUCGACACAGAUACCAGCAGUAGUAAGGUCGAAGCCUUGCUAAGUAUCUUGAAGGCAUCUUCCAAAAAACCUGGGACGAAGACCGUGAUCUUCAGUCAAUGGACUUCCUUUCUAAACAUCAUCCAAGCCCAACUUGAUGCCAAUGGGUACAAGUAUGCUCGUAUCGAUGGCACCAUGCGUGCCAACGAACGUGACGCUUCACUGACUGCUCUGGAGACGAAUCCCGAAUGCACAGUCAUGCUCGCUAGUCUAGCUGUCUGCUCUGUCGGACUCAACCUUGUCGCAGCCAAUCAGGUAAUUUUAGCAGACUCGUGGUGGGCACCUGCGAUUGAAGAUCAGGCCGUCGACCGUGUCCAUCGACUGGGGCAGAAGAAACCUACAACAGUCUGGCGGCUAGUCAUGAAUGAUAGCAUCGAGGAUCAGGUCUUGAACAUUCAGGCCGAAAAGCGGAAGCUAAUGAUGACUGCGUUCCAGGAAAAGACGGGGAAGAGGAUGAAAGAGGGAAGCACGGCACGAAUGGGUGAUAUUGAAAGGCUACUUAGAUGA